AUGGAUUGGUUUAACAGCGACCAACGCCAGAUGGACGAUUUCGUGAACUCCCAGAACUGGCAAGUGCCGCCGACACCCGAUCCAGAUGCAACGCCUAGUCCCGGGCUGCCUACCAAUAUGGACAUGGAAUCGCCAGUUAGCACUGAUGAGUACGAUAUCAGCGAUAUGGAGCCCGCUCAACGGAGGGGCAAGGGCAAGGGCAAGGUUGCCGAUGAGGAUGGGCCGAAGAAGUAUAGUCCGCAGGAGACAAUGUGGCCGGCCAAGAACUAUGUCGACGUCUCCGAGGACGCUAUGGUCGGCAACCAGCAAAGCGGCAAAGUGUUAUGGCAGCGGAUUGCAGACAAGUACAACGCUGGUCAACCCGAAGGCUCGUUCGAGUGUACCUAUGUGAAGCUACGCAAGCAUUGGGGUCGGGUGCAGAAGGAGAUUAACAAGUGGAAUAGCAAGUGGACUAACGUAGUCCGGAUGUGGCCGAGCGGGCACAACGAGAUGGACCUUGUGGACAAGGCCAAGGCAGAUUACUUCGCUGACGGGAAGAAGCACUUCAAGUAUUUCGACGUUUGGAAGCUUGUCGAGAAGAGCCCGAAGUACACCGGUGGGGCUGAAGCGGCGGCGAAGAGAACCAAAGUCGCCGCCGGACACUACACUUCGAGCGAAGGAGGUCCGCCAAUCGACCUCAACGUGACAGACGAGGACUUCUUCCUCUCAUCUCCUGGUACUGAAAGCCGUCCGAUGGGCACAAAGGCGGCAAAGAGGAAAGCAAAGGGGAAGGCAACUGCGAGCUACUCCGCUAUGCCGCCGCCGCCACCCAAUCCUUCCUUGGACAAGAUAUCAGACUCUAUGUCGGAUAUGAGUAUUAUGUUGCGGAUGGGCCAACUGAUGGAGUUGACAUCGAGGGAUACCUCGAGAAUGUCGGAGUACGAGCUCGAAUUGCACCGUGAGAUGAUCGAAUACCUUCGCGCACAAAUGAAGAAAAAGUAG